AAAGAGAAGCGAAACUAUUUAAACUGCUUCAAAAAUCCGAGCGGCAGGUUGGAGACAUUGCUACGAUUGUCUAACUACGCACCCCCUGUUGACGAUAAUACAUAUUUCCCUCAUAUGAUUAGCUAAAGAAACGAUGAUUACCAAGGACGUCCUUCCUUUUUUGUUGUGUAACUAUUUACCGUUCGUGUGUAAAAGCGUGUAGCACUGUAGCUCUUGAAAAAAAAAAAACGUUUACGUAGAGCAUAAUAGGAAUUUAGUGCAAGCGUGCAACUGUGUUAAACGUCGUCUGCUGUCUGCGCUCAUGUUCAUUUUCAACCGUUUUUGUUGAUAAACUUUGCUAUUGUUUUUAUUUUUACUUUGAAUUAGUCUUAGAAGGAGUAAGAAAUUUAAUUAAACAAGAUUAUUUUCUUGUUUCGCGGUAUUAACUUAAUUUCGUGGUAAUUAUUUAACUAUCAUUCAACAGUUCCAUGGUUUUCACUUUUCAGUGUUGGAUGAGAUAAGAUUUUGGAAGGUAUUGAAUCCUCCAGUGUCUGAAGAUUGCUGAAGAUGGUCUAAUAUGACGGGCAUUGCUUUAUAAAUCCAUGAAAAGACCUUUUAUUUCUGAAACUGUUAUUUCAGUGGUGCUAACACGUUAGCUCAGCUGUAACAUGGCUUUACUUCAUUUAGGAAAUAUAUUACUGCUAUUUGGUAUUACUGCCAUUUUCAUCCAUUAUGGAUCAAAUUUUGGAUCUCAUUCUGAUAAUGGUUCUCCACAAUCAUUUAAGAGCUCAUGGGAAGUAUAUGGCUGGUUCUCAUUAGUUCUCUACUUAUGCCAGUAUUUGGCACUUCUGGCCUUACCUCAAGCUGUUUUCAAUUUUCUGGGAUUCAUUUUAUUCAAUCCAUUUCCAGCUGAUCCCCAAAUUAAGAAAUCUAUUAAAUUGCCUGACUCAGUUCCUUUUAUAUGUUUCCGUGUUGUGACUAGAGGAGAUUACUCUGAUCUAGUACAAAACAAUGUACAAAAAAACAUUGACACCUGUUUGAAUGUGGGACUUCAGAAUUUUAUUGUUGAAGUAGUAGCUGAUAGAUCAAUAUCACUAAAUUCUUCACAGCAUGCUUGUGAAGUGGUUGUACCUGUUGAUUACCAGACUAAAUCUGGAGCGAUGUUUAAAGCUAGAGCACUACAAUACUGUCUGGAGAAAGGGGUAAAUCGACUGAACGAUGAUGACUGGGUAGUUCAUCUUGAUGAAGAGACUGUUUUGACUGCCAGUAGUGUAAAGGGUAUUAUCAAUUUUGUUUGUAAUGGCAAGCACAAGUUUGGCCAAGGGUUGAUUACCUAUGCGCAUGGAAAGAUAGUUAAUCAGUUCACUACAUUGUGCGAUACACUUCGAGUUGCUGAGGACAUGGGAAAGAUUCAAUUCCAACUCCGGGUUUUACGAAUGCCGAUUCUAGGCUGGAAAGGAUCGUUUGUCGUUUCUCAUUUGGGGUCAGAACGUAAGGUGUCCUUCGACAAUGGCCUUGACAGUUCUGUAGCUGAAGACACGUAUUUUGGCAUCCGCGCUGCUAGCCUGGGCUAUUCUUUUGAUUUUAUUCAAGGUGACAUGCACGAACAAUCUCCGUUCACUUUGAUGGAUUUUUUACAACAGAGAAAGCGCUGGCUUCAGGGGCUUUUACUAGUCGCUCACUCAUCCUACAUUCCUUUUAGAUAUCGAUUUUUAUUGGGGGUAAGUGUUUAUUCCUGGAUUACCAUGCCUUUGACGACCGCCAAUCUUUUUUUGAAACCGGUAUGCCCCAUUGCCGUUCCACACAUCGUCGAUAUUUCCGUGUCUUUUAUCGGUGGAGUAUGGAUGUUCCUGUACAUUUAUGGUACGUGUCGAUCCUUCAGUAUUGCUCGCCUCGGUAUCUUCAAAUUCCUUUUGCUCCUAAUGGCUGGAGUGUUUGUUACACCUUUUAAAGUUGUAGUGGAAAAUAUUGCAGUUAUAUGGGGUUUGUUGACACCCAAGCACAAGUUUUUUGUGGUGAAAAAAGACCUUAAUGCAAUUUGUGUGAUAUGAACGCCCAUAGCUCAUGCUUUCAUUUGCACAGCAUUAUGAGUCUCCGAGCCUGAUCUCUUUUGAUAACGUUCCAUAAGAAGCCUAUGAAGAAGUUAUGUUCCUAUGUGCCAAGGGUUUGUAGUAUAACGACUGGUUCUGGAUAUGUUGCUCGCACAUAAAACACACAAUGCCGUUUUGUCUUCUCUAGUGUCUAUUGAAAGUAGGAAAUUGAAGUUGUCAUGGUUUUUAAAAAUAUUUGAUCGUUUAUUCUUCAAGAGCCUUAAUCGUGUACGCGAUGACCGUUAUUUUUAAAUUCAAAUUAUUGUUUUGAAUAUGUUGUUCAUUUGUUGAAUGCAAUUUUUGUGGGCCUGUACAUAAAAAUUUUAAACAGAAGACAACAAGACUCUGGUCUGCACUUUCAGUAUAUGCUUACUUCAAAUAGAUUUCCA